CAGAGGCUUGUGCAGGUUGACAAAGACACAAACACGGCCCAGUCAGCAAUGGACCUGGCAUGGCGCCGUCGGUGGAACAGAGCAGCAGUAGAGGACAUGGACCGCUGCUCUCGCUGAUUCGACAUCCAGAGACAAUAGCCAAUGUUGCCAACAUCUAUCAGGGGAGCACCGAUUCGCCCUUGUCCGUUCACGGGAGCAACCAGUUGCGCGCCCUUGCAAAGUCGGUCGCCACUUCAUCCACCAUUGCGGCAGCAACGACAACUACGAUCAGAAAGACGACGAUCGCAGAGACAAGAAUCAAGAACCAGGCCAGGUCGCCUUUACUAGUAGAUAGGCCUCCCACACUGAUUUUAACAUCGCCUUUAGGGAGAACAAGGGCGCUGGCAGAGGCCCUCCAGGACGCGCAGCAGCAGCAGGGCAACCGACUGGUUGAAUGCAUCGUCCGUCCAGGCCUCGCUGAGCGGUGCUUUGGCGCGCAAGAGGGCUCAUCCACUGCGAAUCGAGGUCGUGUCACGGGCUUCCCGCGAGGCAAAGGCCCAAAGGAGAGCGACGUCGCGUGGAGUCAUCGUGUGCGCACCGAGGCCGAGCACCUCAAGUCCCUCUUGGCCACACCAUGGGACGAGCAGGUAAAAGAGAAGCAGGCUCAAAAGCACAUAGUCGUCGUAUCGCACGGCAUGUGGAUCAACAAAUUCCUACGACUGGUCCUGCCACCAGAUGCUCAGACACAGCUCCCUUUUACCUCGAACACGGGCAUCUUUACUCUGAGCUGUGAUGGGCAGGUUUGGCGCCUGCUGGUUUCCAACGACACUUCUCACCUCAUCGGCCUCAAGAGACAACGAGGUGGAAUUGGAAGUAGCGCGAGCGACAAGAAGCAAAGGACGCUAGAUACAAUGCUGAGGCCCAAGAGCACAUCUAGGGCAGAUGCGCAGGGCUUCGAGGAACAGGAGCAGGCUCUGAGCGGCCUGCCCCAUGACGACCUGAAGAGGGCGUGACGGUGACUUUUCGUUGUCUUCCCCUGUUCCCGCGCCCCAUUGACAGCGGAAGGUCGCCACGAAUCACUCGACUUCGGAAGGAGAGCAUUGUCGAUUUGAACCUCUCUUCGUCCCAUAUUUCCAGGCGCAACGAUUCUAGAGCGUUGUUAAUAUCUUCGCUGUAGCGCUCUGCCAUGGGGAGGGGCAC